CCACUAGUUUUGCAACGCUCACCCAUCUCUUUCCACACGCUCUUUAUAUAGAAAGACAGCUUCCUCAAAUCUAAUACCAUCAAUACACAAACCCUUUUACAUCUACAACACUUGUCAAUUCCAAUUUUGUCUCAGUAGGAAAGAAAGCAAUGAGUGCAGCAAGAAGAGGUUGGAUAGUGGCAGCAAGUAUUGGAGCAGUGGAGGCCUUGAAAGACCAAGGGAUUUGCAGAUGGAACCAGCCUCUAAGAUCACUUCAACAGCAUGCCAAGAACAAUAUCAGAUCCUAUUCUCAGGCCAAGAAACUCUCCUCUCAGUCUUCCUCUGCUAUAUCCAGCAGUAAAGUUACAAAUCAUGACAAGUCCGAAGAGUCUUUGAGAAAAGUCAUGUACUUGAGCUGUUGGGGUCCUAAUUGAUCUCCCCCACGCUCCAAUUCUUGUAAAUAUUCUUCCAAUUUUUCAACGGAUAUGAAAUGUUAAUGGUUUCUAGAAAA